CAGUUUCCAUUACAAGCAACACAGACAGACAGAUUGAGAUGAGCGCUGGUUUCCCGCUUCCGCUGCUGCUGCUUCUUGUGCUACUUCUGCUGGUGCUCUGUGGCACGGGUGCCAUGGGAGAGCUGUCGUUCGAGGCGGUCGACCUGCAGCGGAGUCCACGCGUGGUAGGCGGCCACCGCAGCGAGGUACGGCACCAGCCACACAUGGUGAACAUCCGACGAAAUGGGAACUUUGAGUGCGGCGGCUCCCUGGUGACCCCGUACUGUGUGUUGACGGCCGCGCACUGCCUGGUAAAGGGGCAGCCGGAGGACUUUGUGGUGCGCGGUGGAGUCACGUUUCUCAGCGAUAUUCGCCAUGCACGCCACGUGAAGAACAUCCUCCUGCCCUCGGCCUACAGCCACUCCACGCUGGACCACGAUGUGGCGCUGCUUCAGCUGCAGCAGCCCCUCAAGGCGCCCAUAGCCAGACCCAUCCGCCUGGCCAUCAGAUCGCCCCGGGCCGGCUCGUUUGUCCGCGUCUCAGGAUGGGGCCUCACAGACGAAGGUUCCACGCAGCUGCCGAAUCAGCUGCACAGCGUCCACGUGCGCGUCAUGGGGCGACAGGAGUGCCAGAAGCUGUACGACGGGUAUCGGAACAUCACCGAGAGCAUGUACUGUGCUUCGGUGCCGGGUCAUAAAGAUGCCUGCGCCGCUGACUCCGGCGGACCUGUGGUCAAUGCCAAUGGCCUUCUGGCGGGAGUUGUUUCCUGGGGAAAGGCGAAUCGCUGUGCCCACGAGGACAGCCCCGGGGUGUACUCCGACGUCAGCUACUUAUCCGACUGGAUCACAGACACCAUGCGGCGAUACUGCUAGGAGGGGAUUAUCCCCAAGC